CUCUGCUCCAACCAUCCCCGCCGAGCCGUAUCGUGGCGAGCCUGGGCACACCUGCGCAGACCCUGAGCGGCCAGAACUGGGGUUCGGUCAGGUUGUCUCACCAAACGACGACAUCCUGCAGCGGCAAUGCCACCCAAAUAGACAGAACAGUCGACAGUGAAGCGCUUCCUAUUGAUCGUUGGCUCCUUGCUCACAACUAGUCCUCGCUCAUACCUGCCUCGGCCGGCUGAGGGCCCAAAGAAAUAAAUAGAUGGCAGACCCCAAAGAGAAGUUCUUUCGCCAUUUCCAAGCCGAGAUAACACUCAUUCAAGAUGAGAUCGACAGCCUGGCCUCAAUAUCCCCCAUCGGGGGAGAGCGACAGACCGGUAUAGACAAGGUCCUGGCAGGCAUAUCACGGCUAUCUAACGAGGUUAUGGACGCGACGGAUUACAUCCCCAGCUAUGAUCAACGGGCUUAUUCUCAGGCUAUCAAAGCCCUGACGGAGAAACUCAACGUGACGACUGGAAAGCUGGAACCAAAGUCACGCUUCCAAUUCAAGUCACGAAACACAGGAGCAACAGCAGCACGCUCACAGGCCGCCCCUGACCCCAGAAUGCAUCGGCCCUGGGGUAGCGAUGGUAGCCAGGAUGUUGAGGACACCACCAGUAAGACUGCUGAUGCCGAGACCCGUGAUGCGGUUGGAGGUCUCCCGACGAUCUCUAGCACCAAGAACUACAAUGAAGAGCUUUCUCGUUCCGAUAACUUGCCAGGGGUCAGGAAGCCUAGUUUCUCAACAGCUAAGAACAUUGCCAUAUCUGACCACACAGGACUACACAUCAUGCUCCCCUCGACGGCCUCGAGGGCGACGUCUUCAGGAAGCCUGACCAAUUUGACACGUUGCAUCGUAGACAUGACUAUACCAACAAGUACGGGUGCCCCUUUUGCGGGUCUUGCGUUGAAGAAUAUCAAGCAUAGCCUUAUCAUCGCGGGACAUGUGGCUGGACCGACGCACAUCACGGGCAUUGAGGACAGCAUAAUUGUUGUAGCGGCGCGUCAGGUCCGCAUGCACGACUGCAAGAACGUGCAAGUGUAUUUGCACUGCACAAGCCACCCCAUCAUUGAAGAUUGCUCCAAGGUGGCCUUUUCGCCUCUUCCGAGCUAUUAUGCUAAUGAAUCGACCGCGCCUGAGACUAACCAGUGGGACAAGGUAGACGACUUCAAAUGGCUGAAGGACACAGCCUCUCCCAACUGGAGGAUAUUACCAGAGGAACGUCGGGUUCAGGGCGACCUGUGGGAGAAUACAGUAUGUGGCAAAGCGAGUAUGAGCACAGAUGAUAUUCUCCGGGAGCUACUAAUCUUGACUCCAACUGGUGCGGCUUUUCCAGAGAAAACCACGGCAUGAAAAAACAGUAGACUGUUGAUAAGUGGUGUGAGAAAACAGAACAUCACUGCCAAUUUUGUCUAAAUUGAAGGUAAUGGCGGCACACGAGAUGUAAAAUCAGAAGCAGCACAUACUACCCGUUUCUGUGUAUAAUGAUUUUAAUAUGUAUUAAUAACA